AUGGGUGAAGAGGCUAAGCAGGAACAAGCUCAGGCAGAGGCUAAGCCAGAGGAGAAAGCAGAGCAGAAAACAGAGGAGAAGAAAGAAGAGAAGGCAGAGGAGAAGGAAGAGCCAAAACCACCAUCUCCUUUUGUGCUAUUUGUAGACUUGCAUUGUGUGGGAUGUGCGAAGAAGAUUGAGAGGUCCAUCAUGCGACUUAGAGGGGUGGAGGGGGUUGUGAUAGAUAUGGUUAAAAAUGAAGUGACCAUAAAGGGAAUAGUGGAGCCUCAAGCAGUGUGCAACAAAAUCAUGAAGAAAACCAAGAGAAAAGCAAAAGUCUUGUCCCCAUUACCAGCUGCUGAGGGUGAACCCAUGCCGGAAGUUGUUGCUUCACAGGUUAGUGCACUAGUAACUGUGGAGCUCCAAGUUAACAUGCACUGUGAGGCCUGCGCAGAGCAACUUAAGAAAAAGAUACUCAAACUCAGAGGAGUGCAAAGUGCUGUGACUGAUCACAAUAGCGGGAAGGUGAUGGUGACAGGAACCAUGGACGGCGACAAGCUAGUAGAUUAUGUGUACAGACGAACCAAGAAGCAAGCCCGAAUCGUCCCACAACCGGAGCCCGAACCCGAGAAGAAAGAAGAGAACAAGGAAGGUGAUGGCAAGGCAGCAGAAGAAGCAAAACCAUCAGAAGACAAGAAGGAAGAAAAUGCAGAGGAAAAACCUGCAGAAGAGGCAAAGAAAGAAGAGGGUGGUGGUGAUGGUGGAGAAGAAAGUAAAAACAAGGAGGAGGAGAAAGCUGGUGAGGAAAACAAGGAGGAGGUCGCCAAGGUGGUGGAGCAGAUGAGCGGCAGUUACGUAAAUAGUGGUAUGGAUGAGGAAAGUAUGAAAAGAAUGAUGCAGUACUAUUAUCAGCCGCUGUAUGUGAUUGAGAGAAUCCCACCUCCUCAGCUGUUCAGUGAUGAGAAUCCAAAUGCAUGUUGCAUUUCAUGA